UGCCAUAUGAGACGCAGGAAAAAAAAACUUCAAGACAUUAUAUUUUCAAUAAAAGCCUCCGUAAGAAGUUUCUCAGAAACAGUGAGAAGACGGAAAAAAACUAUAAAUAUCCCCAGAAAGAAAAAACAGAAAAAGAGAAGCAUCAGAUCUGAGAAAAAAAAUGUGUCUGGUGUGUUUAUGCGAUGACGAAGAGACAGAGUUAGGGAGACAACAAGCACCUGGGUUAUGUCCUUAUUGUGGAGGUAAAGUGCAAAUGCUUGAUGUCGAAAGAAAAUGGAUGUUUUGUUUCGUUCCCCUCUGUUUCAAGAUCAAGAGGAAGUAUUUGUGUUCUUCUUGUGAUCGUCGUCUCGUUUUGUAUCAUUAAAUAUUGAUAUAUUAAAGUAGAUUAAUUAGCAUUUUAAAUAAUUUUAGUCGGUGGCUUUUGGUACGUUUUUAGUAUUAUGUGUCGUGUAAAACCGACAUUGAUCUUUUAGAAGUUAGAAGUCUCUCGAUAUGAUGUUCAAAUAUGAUGUACUUUUCUUUUGUCUGCAGUGUCUUCUUAAGUCGGUCCAAAAUUAAUGUUAUGUGUAAUGGUUCUUUUAAAUGUAAUGAUAAAUCUCUAGCUUGGUAUACUUAA